AUGAAGGGCUCCUGCAAGCGGACCUGCUUUUUUUCUGCUCUAGAAUUCAUUAUUUCUAGGUCCUUGGCGAGACGCAGCAGCAGCCCUGAUCAGCAGUAUCAAAUCUUCUUUUCGACGAGCCUUAUAAAGCUAGUAAGCGAAAACCAAUGCGCAGCAGACCUCCAAAACAGUUGUUUCUGUACAGCUGUGUUGGAACAAGUCGAGAGUCGCGCUUGCUCAUAUUCAUUCUUCAACAAAAAGUUUCUUUGCUGUUUAGCUUGGCGCAAGACGGAAAUUAUAGCUCAAAGUUGGGCACCGCUGCUUAUGUUAGCUUCAAGUACGCAAUAAUUCGGGGGCACUACUACUUCUAAACUGAGUAGCUUGUUUGCAAAUUUGGGCUUAUUUAUUUCCGUCUUCAGGACAAGAACAACUUUUGCUGUCUAGCUCUAGUGUAUUAACGACAGCGGACCACGGAAGCGCAACUACACCUUGCAGUUUUGCUUCUGUAUAGAAUUAUCCGGUGGAUUCGGAGCUGCCGAAUAUCAAAGGCAACAUCCUUGUCUCGCGAAGGAAUCCGCGAUUUUUUUCCAGCAGUGUAAAGAAAUUCUAUCCUGAACGGAAUUAUACCCGAAAACGAAUAGAACGGUUUUCAAGUCUUCGACAGCACAAAUAUCCCAUUCAAGGUUGUCGCCCAUGACAAACUAAUACCAGCGAACGACGACAAAGUUUAAAUUUUUCGAACAAUAAGUUAUGCAAUCUAUAGUUUCGCUUUCGAUCGAACUCGAAGCGUGAGCGUCCGCGUGCAAUGGCCCUCAGCUGCCCGAUGAAAAUAACCGCUAUAGUUGUAAGUACCAGUAGCAACUGCAACCUACAAACUUCUGCGCGAGCGCGGAUGACAGGAAUGAUUUGAUGAAGCUGCUAUUUUUAUAGUGUUGUUUUUUAACCACGGGAGUGCCACCAAGGAACCUUUUUUUUUGAAGAAGCGGACAAGCAACUGUGGUGGCACCCGAAGUUGUAUCAUUUCACAGUAGAGCUAGAGGACUAUAGUAGCUACCUGUUGCUUCUAGUAGAGCGCCUUAUACAAAACUCCCCCAAAAGCAAAAAGAUUAUACCUUUAGAACCCCCACGAUAUCUUCGACCUCCACCUCCACGAUUAUACCUUUAAAACGACAACUACCAACGAUUUUUGGACGGCUUCUAGGUGGACUGUUGUACCAUUUUCCGGCAGAAGAUUCAGAUCCUAAUCUGAAUGACAGUGAUGUCUUUCUAAUCAUCUUCACGACAAGAAGGACUGAUCACACACGAAGAAGUAGAGGUAGAGCUCCAAAAUGAUAAAUCUACUGCGAAAGAGGAAAAGCUAUUCCACUACUUCUGGAUUUGCUCUACUUCUGGAUGAUUCAAGAAGAGCGGCGACAAUGUGACGAGAAGAGCGGCGACAAGGUGACUUCUUGAAUCACGAUAUGGAUUUAUAACUGACGAUAUGGAACAGUAACCCUUUCUAAUCUCGUCCGCGAAAAAAAGUGAAGCUGCGGCUGGCUCUCUGCAGCAGGCCGCAGGCUCUCUGCUUUCAGAUCCCCUGGGACGCGGCCGGCUUUGCCGCUUUUUCGCUAUUUCGACUGACUGUGUGUUCUGGUCCGGUGUCUUCCGCCUUGAAAGUGUGAGGGCGUCUUCCGUCGUGAAAGUGUUAGGACGUCUCCUGGUGGGCAGUGGCUUUUCUGUUUUUCGUUUUUUGCCCUUUGGCAGAUGGGGGUG